UUUGAUUGUAAUUGAAAUCUCUAAGGAAACGUCAUUAACACAAAAGAUAGAUAGAUUGUAAUUGGAAGCUUCAUAAUUAACUAUUUACAUAACAAAUCGUAUUUUAUAAUUCAAGAGCCACAACAAAAUUAAAAUCCAUUUCGAUCUGUAUUUAGAAUUUUUCUCUGCGUGAAGAACUUGGUUUUAUUUUUAUUUUUUAUUUACUUUACGAAUAUAUAUACAACUAUGUCACUCAACAUAGGAAAAACAUACAUAAAUCCAUUACCGGAUGAAACAAGUUGGGAAGUCCACAAGUUAAAUGGUCCUGAAGACAUAUUGAACCUAAAGAUAACAAUUCAAAGUGGUAAAGGAGUUGACAGUGUUUCCAAGCUAACUCCCAAAUACAACAUCAAUAAUGCAGUUUUAUUCCAAAUAAGGAUGGAUACUGGUCUUGCGUGUAGUAGUCCUUGUAUUUUCUCGCCUCUGUCAACCAGUUAUCUUACCUAUGACACCUAUACAUUAUUUUGCAACUUUAAGAAAGAUGAAGGCAGUGACAAGACAUAUAUGGCUGAUGUGUCAUUGAAGACAAAAACAAACAGUACGAAAAAAACAUUUCAUAUAAAUGAUAGCACAUGGAGAUUGCUUAUUGAACCCACUACUCUUAAUUUCGCAGCCAGCUUUGAAUUAACUGUCACUCUAAGAUUAUUUGAUCAAAUAUUGAGACCAUUUGCACUGCUGUAUGAAGAUUUGAAAUCAACCGAUUUAAGACUGAUAGGAAAAGAUGGAACCAUUGAAGUGCACUCUGCGGUAUUAAUUGCAUAUAGUCCGGUCUUUAAUAGGGAACUAUGUGAAAAAGCUCAGGAAUCAUCUCGUCCCUAUGAGCUAAUACUGCCCCAUGUGAAACAGUCAACUUUGCAACAUUUAAAAGAUUACAUUUACUUAAACAAUGUCCCGGAUUCUCCGCUAUCAAAUGUAACAGAUCUCAUAAACUUUGCAACAGAGUAUAAGAUGAAGGAAUUGAGUCAAUUGUGCACUCAGAAGUUGGUUACAAUUGCUGUUGCUGAAAAUUUCUAUGAAUUGACGUGUUUUGCACUAAAUAAUGACAUGAAUGAGGUGUUUUUUGACAUUUUAGAACUUAUUGAAAAUGGCAAGAUCAGGACUGAGGAUAUACAGAAUUGUAGUAAAAUAGAUUCUCUAAGUAAUGGAUUGUAGUUUUAAGUAAUUUAAAAAAAACUGUUCUUAUACCACAA